UUAUUUUUGAAUAAUUUUAGAAGUAUGUUCUGAAUGGAGGAGGAGGGUAUUGAAUGGUUAGUGGAGCUGCUCCACCAGGUUCAGCUGGAGCAAUUCUUUGUCCGUAUCCGAGAUGAGCUCCAGGUGUCCCGGCUCCAACACUUUGAAUACGUUCAACCUGAGGACCUGGAGAAGAUUGGUAUGUCUAAACCUGCCGCUAAAAGACUCCUGGAUAUAAUAAAAAGAAAGAGGUUGAAGAGUAAAUUGACCAAGUUUCUACCCGGAGGAAGGUUUGGAACUAUUAAAAAAUCUCCGUCUAUCGGAGGUUCAGUUCUCUCCGACUCUGCUCUAACAUGCCUAAUACAGGAUAAAGAAAUUAAAACUAGAGACGAGAAUGGGAGAUUAUUAGGCAAACUUGGAGAUGGAUCUUUCGGGAUUGUUUGUCGUGGAGAAUGGAGCACUCCUUCUGGACGGAUUCUGCCUGUUGCAGCGAAAAUCUUGAAACAGGAUACUCUGGCACAACCUGGAGCUUUCGAGGAUUUUGUCAAGGAGUGCACUGCUAUGCACGCUUUGGACCAUGAGAACCUGAUUCGUUUGUACGGAAUCGUCCUGAGUCAACCAAUGAUGAUGAUAGUUGAGUUAGCUCCUCUAGGUUCCCUGAUAGACUGGAUGCAUAAACAGUGCGGAAAUAUUCCGAUCUCAGCAGUCUGGGAGUAUGCAAUUCAAAUAGCCCGUGGAAUGGCAUAUCUUGAGCUUAAGAGAUUUAUUCACCGAGACCUGGCUUGCAGAAACGUUCUUCUCGCCUCGAUAGAUCGAGUCAAGAUCGGAGAUUUUGGUCUUAUGCGAGCUCUUCCCCAGGAGGACGACUGUUACGUGAUGACGGAGCGUAAGAAGGUUCCGUUCCCCUGGUGUGCUCCGGAGAGCUUGAAAACCCGUCAGUUUAGUCAUGCGUCUGAUACUUGGAUGUUUGGUGUUACACUCUGGGAGAUGUUUACAUUCGGAGAGGAGCCUUGGAUCGGUUUAAACGGAUCUCAGAUUUUGAAGAAAAUAGACAGAGACGGAGAGCGGUUGCAUCAACCCCCAGCGUGUCCUGGAGAUAUUUACCAGCUGAUGCUACAAUGUUGGGCCAAGAUGCCGACUGAUCGACCAACUUUUGAGGCUUUAAAGGACUUUCUGGCGGAAACUAUUCCCAUCGUUGUGAGAGCUAGAGAAGGUCUCGAAGAGGAGGGAAGGAUGAGGAUAGAACCCGGAGAUGCCUUAGUUGUGAUUGACGGAAGAUCAGAAAAUUUCUGGUGGAAAGGACAAAAUCAAAGAACUUUUGAAGUUGGAUUGUUUCCAAGAAAGAUUGUUGAAGAUUCUCAAGGAAAGAAGAUAAAAGAUAUCAGUAAACCGUUGAAGAAUAGUUUUAUCCACACCGGCCACGGGUCUCACAACGGCAGGUCCUGGGGUAAAGCCGAGGCAAUCGAUGAUCUUUAUCUCCGGAGUCCAAUGCAACCGCCGGAUCUGACAGGUAUCGGAAACGGAAAUCAGGACGAGAGAAAACUUCCGGGACGAAGUUCGAUGAAAAUGAAAAACAACCCUAUUGUUCCGGAAAGUAUUAAACAAACUCAUCAAUUUAAUUAUGGACGAUUAGAGGACGAAGGACGAGGAAAAGAGCAGGACGGUAGUUCCAAGAACACUAUUCGUCCUCAUCGUCCCGCUCCGGGUUGGAACGGGGACAGGGUUCAAGCAUAUAAAUCUCUUCCAGAUCUGCAGAAGGCUUAUGAAGAUCAGAACACAUUCCUUCAUACUCGUGAAGAUUCUUUGAUAGAUCUCUCUCCGGCAGAGACAAUGUCUCGUGUUUACGCCAACACAGGUCUGGAGAAUAAUCUCGGAGCUCAAUCCGUCACUAGUCUCAUAGAUGAGGAUAUUCCGUCCACAAACUCAAACAGAAAUGUUUACCAAAACCAGAACUAUGAUUUUCAGAACGGGUUUCAAGAUCGGUUAAAUGAAAGCAAUGCCUCCUUUAGUUCCCUUCCUGAAGGAGAAACCUACCACGUUCCACCAGAUGAAGAUGAUCCUUUCGAUACUAGCAGUGUUAUUCUAAACAGUACCUCCAGACUUUCAGAUUAUAAGGAUCAGUCCAGGACAAACACAGGGUUAUCAUAUACCAACGCAGAGUACAAAACUAAUCGAUAUGAUUCAAACCAGGGUUAUCCAGACCUUUCUGUAUCCGGAUCUGCAGAUGAAUAUGAAACCAAGCCUUCCAUUAUUUCUCAACUUUUAGCCUCAACCUCUAAAGCUGUAGAAACCCCUGAUGUUGUAACAAUUACUCCGACUCUACAGCUGUCUUCUACCCCUGAACCUAGUAGAUAUUCAGAGACAUUUAAUUCAUUACAUGACGAUAGAAACCGACAUCGAAGGGCAGUUUCAACCAUAGCGGAGGCUGACCUAUUCCUACCUCCUUUAACCUCACCUUUCUCCCCACCAGCAUUUAAUCCAUAUGAUAUAGUUUUAGGCUCUAAUGAAGCGAUUGCCGGGUUGGAUUCUCCUGCCCCCUACCAGAGUAACGAUAAACCCAAGAGACAAACCCAACUCAACUCCUCAGAAGCAUUUUCUUGGUUAAACGAUAAAAUCGGAGAUAUGAAGAUUUCCCAGAAGACGGAUAGAAAUGUAUUCCAGUUUCCGUCCGUAUCCGAGGUACAACCUACACCUGAGGACUUGUAUGCAACUAUAAAGAAAAGGCCGAGUAUUGAAAAGGAAAAGGUGGAUAAAUACUCAAAGGAAGAAACCAACCAAACUCAUCAACAUUACCAGUCACAAGUAGAUUCAGUUUACAAUUCUGUUCAGGAUAACAGUUCUUCUCAAAGCACCAAAUCUAACAAGGGAGCCAUCUUUAAUCAGGGCACAAACAAUAAUCAGGUUUCAAGUUCCUAUCAGGGUGCAACUUCUAAUCAGGGUUCAGGUUCUGAUCGUGAUUCCGGAAACAAGAUUUUUAAAUUAUCCAACUCAGAUGCAUGGAUCCAGAAUUUUCAAACUGAACCAGAACCACAGAAGUCUAUAGGAAAUGAGAAUCAAGGUUGGAAUGACAAAACUUCAAAUAAGUCUGAGAUAUAUUCCAGCUUUAGUGAUCAACAACAAUCACAGAGCAUCAGCUACCAGAGUGAACAGAUACAGAGGAACCAACAAAUACAACAACAGAAGUUACAUCAACAACAGUUGCAACAAGAGUUACAACAGCAACAACAACAAGAGAGACAGAGACAACAGCUACUUCAACAGCAGCGAAUUCAACAAGAACAAGAGAUUCAACAUCAGAGAAAUCUGUAUCAACAACAACUCAAUCUACAAAAUCAGAUAUUUCAGCAAAACCAACUACUUGAGCGAGAGAAAGAAAUGGAGAGAAAAAAUCUUGAAAAGAUCCAACAACACAGACUGGAAAAAGAAAGGAAAAAGUCCGAGGAUGAAAAGCGAAGACGGGACGAACUUGAUCAAAGGCAACGAGAGUUGGAUAUGCAGAGUCGACUAGAAGCAUCAGGUGGAGAGGUUUUUCAUUUCCCCCAGUUCUCCACCCUCUCUACUACUGGUGCUCCUAAAGAAACCUACUCGGUGGAUAAAAAUUUUAUUAAAGAUCUGGAGAAAAAUCUUGGGAAAAAUGAAAAAAAUGCAAACCUGCUAGGGCCUAAUCCUCCUCCUACUCCCAGUCUCAAAGUUGCAAAUAUACCAGUCCUUCACCCUCCUCCGCCAUCAGUCCGUCCUUCAAGAAUAUCACCUUUGCCCCGAACCUCUCCUCAUCCUCGCUCCUCCAGUGCAAUGAGCCGUCACAACCGUUCCGGAGACAGUUCAGAUUCAACUAGAUCUCCGGAGAAGAACACAGCUCAUGUUCGUCCUUUCUUACAAACCGAUCAUCACACUGGCUCCGAAGGAAUGGGAAAUGUUCGUGGUGCUAGUGCUAACUGGAGACCUUUAAACACAACAGGACGGGUUGACCUGCUGGCCGGUCAACGGACUCAGCUUCAACAGUUUAAUAAAACAUCAAAUAGAACACAACCCCAGUCCUAUACUCAAGACGGAGCCAGGCUAAACGAAUCCUUUGGAAGUAAUCACUCCAGCGAAACUUCUGGAGCGAGGGAUAUCUACGGUACCCGGGAUACUUACGGAACCAGUGGGGGGAUCAGCAACGCGAUGGAGAUCAAUAAGAUUGCUCAGUGCUCCAAGAUGGUUCCAGGAAUGUCAGGAAGUGAGAUUAGAUCAGCUCUAACUGCAGUCAACUGGGAUACGAGCAUAGCUGUUAAGAAUUUGAAAAUAGAUAAACUCUACAGAAUUGGAGUCGCGACUAAACCUAAGUGUGAGAAAGUUCUUCAGGCUGUUAAUUGGGAUCUGGAGCAAGCUGCCAGUAAACUACUGGACUCCUUGUAGUUCAGGGGGUUAACUGGGACCUGGAGCAAGCUGCCAGUAAACUACUGGACUCCUUAUAGUUCAGUACAUUAGGCAGGCUUAUAGAUUAAUGUUUGAUAGGAUUCCUUAUGCAAGUUCAGAAAAACGGUUGACACAAAUAAUUUUUUUUUGAUAGUUCUAUUCUUCGUAGUUUAUAUAUUUUACAUGCAGUUCAAAACUGAGCUAUUUUACCUAUUUAGCCAGAAUUUAUAAUCUCAGUACUCAGUUAACCAUAAUUAAUGUCACAUACCAACAUGCGUUAAGUUUUCUAUUUCUGGCUUCUUUUCAUAACUUUGAAAGGAAAUAAAUUAAAUUUUAUAUUAAUUUUACAUUUUUUAUUUUCUGAUACAUUAUUUUCUUGUUUAUUUUAAUAAAACUAUUAUGAAUUUUAAAGGAUACUUCUAUUUAAUUCAUGAACUCUUAUUUGGGAAACCAAAUGUAGACAUUAUAGAUUUAGCUUUUUUUAAAAAAUAAACACCAUUUUUUGGCUUUUGCAAACAUUAAGAUUAAAAAAAAAUCUAAUACAAAAAUAAUUUAUUUCAUUUUUAUAGAAUUUCUGGCUGUUUUGUCAUAGUUCUUGGGGGCUUCUUCACAAUUUGUUAAACAUUUAGAGUUAUUUUCAAAAAAACAAAUAAAGAAAAAAAUAAUUUUUCAAAUUUAUUUUGAAAUCUCCCUCAAUAAUCUGUAAUUAGAUUUGGUAACCAUUUGUUUUUGUUUAAUUAUAUUAUAGAAGUUUUAUUGUAAAUAUUUAUGAAAACUGGAAAGCCUAAUUACCAAAUUUUUUUAUACAAAUAUUAAUGUUUAUAAUUUUUAAAAAGUUUCUUUUAUCCGAAAACUAUGUUACGUGUGUUCCUUGCACAGAUUCUUAGAGCUUAAUGAUAAAUUGUGCUUCGUUAAUAUUUGACUUGUACAUUGUACAGUGUACAGAAUCCCUUUGUAAAUUGUACAGCAACCCUUGUAAAGUGUACAGUUAGCAUCAUUAAGUGUACAUCUAAACAAUAGUUGAAUAGUAUUUAAAUACUCAGCAUUAUGGACAAGUUUGUUUAGAAACUAAUUUUUACAAAAAAAUGUUUUUAAAUUUGAUCAAAUUAUAUCUUUUUUUUAUUUUCGCAGAAACCAUGUAUUUGUAGAAACCAUAUUAACAUAUUGAUAUUGCACGAAGUAUUAUUAAUCACUAUUGCAGAUAAAAUGAACCAGGACGGAGAAGUAAAUAGGAUUUACAUGGAGAUGCAAAUAUCCGAAUGGAUCAGGACGGAAAAGUAAAUAUCUGAAUGGAUUAGGACGGAGAAGUAAAUGUCUGAAUGGAUCCUGACGGAGAAGUAAAUAUCUGAAUGGAUCAGGACGGGAAAGUAAAUGUCUGAAUGGAUCCUGACGGAGAAGUAAAUACCUGAAUGGAUCAGGACGGAAAAGUAAAUAUCUGAAUGGAUUCAGGACGGAAAAGUAAAUGUCCGAAUGGAUCCUGACGGGAGAAGUAAAUAUCUGAAUGGAUUAGGACGGAAAAGUAAAUAUCUGAAUGGAUCAGGACGGAGAAGUAAAUAUGUGAAAGGAUCAGGACGGAGAAGUAAAUAUCUGAAUGGAUCAGGACGGAGAAGUAUAUAUCUGAAUGGAUCAGGACGGAGAAGUAUAUAUCUGAAUGGAUCAGGACGGAGAAGUAAAUAUGUGAAAGCAUCAGGACGGAGAAGUAAAUGUCUGAAUGGAUUAGGACGGAGAAGUAAAUGUCUGAAUGGAUCCUGACGGAAAAGUAAAUAUCUGAAUGGAUCAGGACGGAGAAGUAAAUAUCUGAAUGGAUCAAGACGGAGAAGUAAAUAUCAGUAUUCGAGACGGAGCAAAAUAAAGAUGAUGAUCGAUUGUGUAGGGGUUGGCCAAAGUUCCCGAGCUGAAGCAUGUGAAAUCCUUCUGAAUAAGAAAAGACGACUUUACAGCGAGAAAACUUUAGUCCUUGGUUCUAUCUACCCUUCAAACAUCAAGAAAAAGAAAAUGCAAUUAAGAUAUUAAAUCACUAUCUAUUAUUAAAGAUUUUAGAUAACACAAUUAUUUAUUAAUUAUAAUUUGGUUUUUGUUUUCAGAAUACUUAAAAUGGGAACAGCGUUUUUAACAUGUAUACUGUUUGUAUUAUUAACCAUGAGCGUUGCCGAGGUUGAAGAGUCGGA